AUGCAAGAAAAGAGUAAUUUGAAGAAUCAAAUAGAUGAAAUUCCUCAUUCUGAUGAUGUUGAUAAUUUGGAAGAUUUGGAAGAACAUGAAGAAGAUGAUCAUCAAACUAAAGUGAAAGGGAAACGACCAAUAUCUAAUUCAAGCAACCAUCCUACGAUCCAAGCAAAGAUGUGCAAAAAUAAAGGACAAUUUGAAGAAAAUAAAAAGAAGGUAAGAGAUAUUACAGUUGAGAAAUUUGCAAGAUGGAUCUAUGAUGCUGGAAUUCCCUUCAAUGUUGUAAAAUAUGAUUCUUUUGAGCCUUGUAUUGAAGCUAUUGAACAAUUUGGAUCGGGGAUGAAACCUCCAUCAUAUCAUGAAGUGAGGGUUAUGUAUUUGAAGGAGUUAGCAAAUACGAACUCGCUUCUCAAAUCCCAUGAAGAAGAUCAUGCUAAGUUUGGGUGCACAAUCAUGGCAGAUGGAUGGACUGAUAAAAAGAGUAGGACUCUUAUAAAUUUUUUGGUGAAUGGUCCCAAAGGAAGUGUAUUUGUCGAAUCAGUUGAUGCUUCAGGCUAUUCUCACAUAGCGGACAAGAUGUUUGAGUUACUUUCUAAAUUUGUGUAUCGCAUUGGAGAAAAAAAUAUGGUUCAAAUUGUAACAAAUAAUGCAAGUUGUAAUAUCAGUGCAGGUCAUCUUUUGGAAAAUCGAUUUCCACACUUGUACUGGACUCCUUGUGUAGCUCAUUGUUUAGAUUUGUUGCUCGAGGAUAUAUUCAAAAUUCAUCUCAAAAAAUUACAUGAACGAGCAUUGAUGGUUAAUGGUUAUAUUUACAAUAGACCACAAGUAUUAAGCAUGAUGAGAGAGUUUACUGGACAGAGAGACAUGGUAAAAACCGCAAAGACACAUUUCGCAACCGCUUUUUUGACUUUAAAGCGGUUUCAUGUACAACAACCAAAUUUGAGAAAGAUGUUUACAUCUGAAAAGUGGGCAAAUAGUCGAUUUUCUAAGGAGGCUAUAGGAAAACGUGUAGCAGAAGUGAUAUUGAUGCAUCCUUUUUGGAAAAAUAUGGUUUUUGUAUUAAGGGUUGGUGACCCAUUGGUGAAAGUAUUACGGCUGGUAGACGAUGAAAAAAGGUCUCCUAUGGGUUAUAUUUAUGAGUCAAUGGACAGGGCCAAAGAAGCUAUCACUGUGUCAUUUAAUAAUAAUGAAGAGAAAUAUCGUAGCAUUUUUGAACUCAUUGACAAAAGAUGGAACAUUCAACUCCAUCGACCUUUGCACGCAGCUGGAUAUUUCUUGAGUCCAGAGUGUUUUUACUCAAACUUUGACAUAGAAAAUGAUACAGAAGUGAUGGAGGGUUUGUACAAGCGCAUAGCCAGAUUAGUGAGAGGUGAGGAUUUACAAGAUAAGAUCACGAACCAAUUGGAAAAAUACAAGAAAGCAGAAGGACUUUUUGGUUUGCCAUUGGCUAUUCGACAAAGAACUUUAAAAUCGCCAGAGAUAGAUGAUAGUAAUGAAUGGUUGUUGGGUAAAUUAGAUGACAGUGAUAAAGACAAUGAUAAUGAUUUUGUCUACGAAGAAGAAAUUAAUCUUGAUGAUGAAACUGAAGAAGAGGAUACUGAUGGAUACAAAUCAAGCGAUGGAGCUGAUGACGUAGAUUUGGACAAUGAAGAUGAAAAAGAUGAUUAUUUUGAUAUUUGA